AUGGUUCCCAUUGCCGUUUAGGAGGUGCCUAAUUUGCUAAGGAUGUUUGACUUCCUUCUUUGUCAAAUUGGGGAUUUCCUAAUCACCAGCAACAAAGAAGGAAAUCCUGAAUAUUUCUCUCUUGUUCACCACCUUUCUCCUCUCUCUCUCUCUUUCUCUCUGAAAUGUAUCCUCCUAUCUCCUCUACAUGACCCACAUAAGACAUUGUCAAAUGCUCCCAUUCUCUGUAUCCAUUGCUAUGAUAAAUCCGUCAAGCAUCGCCCUUGCUCCAAUUCAUCACUAAAGGGAGCAACCAAGCAAAUGCUCAAUCAUCUUCUAUUCCAAUGGGUGAAUAUGCUCAUGUCCAUCACCACAGCCUUGAUGAUGCAGCUCAAAGGGUACAUAAUCUUCAGAAGCUCUCAAUUCUACCUCUCGUGUUCUUAAUCUACCAUGAGGUCUCUGGUGGUGCAUUUGGUGCAGAAGACUGUGUUCGAGCUGCAGGCCCCCUCCUAGCCAUCCUUGGCUUUAUGGUUUUCACAUUCAUAUGGAGCAUUCCUGAAGCACUGAUCACCGUCGAGAUGGGCACGAUGUUCCCGGAGAAUGGAGGCUACGUGGUGUGGGUCUCUUCUGCCUUUGGUCCAUACUGGGGCUUUCAGCAAGGAUGGAUGAAAUGGAUCAGUGGUGCUAUAGACAAUGCUCUAUAUCCAGUACUAUUCUUGGAUUAUCUAAAAGCUGUCAUCCCAUCAUUAGGAGGAGGACUCCCAAGAACUUUUGCAGUGUUAAGUUUGACAGCAGCACUAACUUACAUGAAUUAUAGAGGACUGACCAUAGUUGGACGUGUUGCAAUCUCCCUUGGUCUCUUCUCAAUCCUUCCUUUCAUCAUUAUGGGACUCAUGGCUAUUCCAAAGCUGAGGCCUGAAAGAUGGUUAGUGGUUGAUCUCCACCAUGUUGAUUGGACUUUGUACUUGAAUACACUCUUUUGGAACCUAAACUAUUGGGAUUCAAUCAGUACUUUGGCAGGAGAGCUUGACAAUCCAAAAGAAUCAUUGCCAAAGGCUCUCUUUUAUGCAGCAAUUUUGGUUAUCCUGGCAAACUUGUUUCCCCUCCUCAUUGGCACAGGAGCAGUACCACUUGAUAGAGAGUCAUGGACAGAUGGUUAUUUUUCCAUUAUCUCGAGGAUUGUCGGUGGGCUUUGGUUGACAUGGUUGAUGCAGGUUGCAGCAGCAGCAUCCAACAUGGGGAUGUUUGUUGCUAAAAUGAGUAGCUAUUCUUAUCAGCUUCUUGGGAUGGCAGAAUGGGGCAUGCUCCCUGAGCUUUUUAGCAUGAGGUCCCAUCAUGGGACUCCUGUCAUGGGGAUCUUGUUCUCUGCCUCUGGUGUUCUCUUGCUAUCUUGGAUGAGCUUUCAAGAGAUCAUUGCUGCAGAAAAUGUACUCUACUGCUUUGGAAUGCUGUUGGAGUUUCUUGCCUUCAUUAGAUUAAGGAUAAAAUAUCCAAUGGUAACUCGACCUUUUAAGAUACCACUCGGGUUAAGUGGCAGCAUAUUGAUGCUUGUUCCUCCUACAUUGUUGAUGCUUGUCGAGUUAGCUUUUGCUUCUCCCAAAAUCAUGGUAAUAAGUCUCUUCGUGGUGAUUAUUGGACUUACUCUGCAGCCUUGUUUGAAGCUUGUAGAGAAGAAGCAGUGGUUGAGGUUCUCCAAAAGCCCUGAAAUUCCUGAUUUUGGAGCUACUGACAAUAAGAAUGCUGUUGAAUUGUCGGAUGGUGGUGGGAGAAGUCUUGCAAUGGAGGAACUACAGCUCCUUCCGAUUUCGAGGGACUUAUACCCUUUGAUAGAUUAGUUAAAACUUGUGUCUGGUGAGAGUAUGAGCACAUAUUUUGCAUGGUCUUUGAGCAUGAUGCUUGAAAUUCGCUUCAUGAUAUGUAGAUGAAACCUAACAUUAUGCAUUAUUAUAAUUUAGCGAAGUAAUUAUGACAAAUUAACAUUAGGUUUCUU